AUGGGACAUUUCUGGACAACCGCAGCUCUUAUUUUAAGCUGCAUCCUUUUGGGUGAAGCCUGUAAUUCCUGUGUUUCUAGAGAAGUCUGCUUAAAAAGUGACGACAUAAAUUCUGUGAGAUGUGCUCCCCAUCUAGUCUGUUGUGAAAUUCUCCACGAAUAUUUUACAUGGGAUUUGACUGGAAAUAAUAAUGAGCCAGAAAGAUCAACAACAGCGGAGCCAAUAAUACCCUACCCAGGAUUCAGGACAUUCAGAACAGAGGAAGGACUGAGCAUUCCAUUCGGAUUAUCAACAGACGGCCUGAGCAAUCCAAACGGUUUGGAUGCCACCAAGUAUAUGACCAAUGAGCAAUCAAGGCCCGGACAGUUUCCCUGGGUGAUGGCUCUGUUCGACACAGAUAAGUACUUUGCGGGCGGUUCCCUGAUUAGAUCAGAUGUUGUCCUCACAGCUGCCCACAAGCUAAGGAACAAGUACGCCAAUCAAAUAGUGGUCAGAGCUGGCGAAUGGGACAUGGGCUGCCAAACAGAGAGUUUUAGUCAUGAUGAACGUGAAGUAUACGAGAUAACGCUCCACGAAAACUUCGAAUUUAAAACUGGUGCCAACAACGUAGCGCUUCUCUUCCUAACCAGGCCUUUUGUUUUAAACAAUCACAUCAGAAUCAUCCCGAUCCCGGAGCCAGGAAAUUCGUACGAUGGACGUCGCUGCACGGUUGCCGGUUGGGGUAAGACAAAGGAAAGUGAUCUAGAUAACUCCAGCAUUCUCAAGAAAGUCGAGCUACCAAUGCUGAGGAGAGACCAAUGUGAGGAACAGUUGAGGAGAACGAGGUUGGGCUGGAACUUUAAGCUGCCUGAGAGUUUUGUUUGCGCCGGAGGUGAACCUGGCAAGGAUGCCUGCGUAGGAGAUGGAGGAUCUCCUUUAUUCUGCGCCAAGGGACAAUCAGAUCGCUACGAGCAGGUCGGCAUCGUAACCUGGGGCAUGGGAUGUGGAGUGGGUGGUGUUCCCGCAACUUACACGAAUGUGGCUAUGUUCAACGAGUGGAUUACCGAAAAAAUGCUACCUUUUGUCUACAGAAAAGGACAGGCAACGGUUUCACCAGUACGCUAA